GAACCGUUCGACACCAAUCGAACGGUUGAUCGAAAGACCGUCGGGUCCUCUGUUCGGCUCCCUUGGGAGAGGGGAAUCUCCGUGAGCGCGACGGCAGGUCUCCCCUGAUCUCUCUCUCGCUCUCGUACCUCUCUUUCUCCCCCUCCCUCGAAACCCUAGCGAGGGUUUUCGAGAUCCAGUCGAAUCUCCCACACUCGAUCUCAAAACCCUAGCUUUCUCAUCGCUUUUGGUGGCGGAGAAUGGAGGACUACCCCGAGGAGCUCCGAACCCCGCCUGUCUCCCUCGUCUCUCUCGUUGGGUGUCCGGAGCUCCACCACGCGAUCUCGGCCUUCCUCCACUCCGAGCAGCCUCCCAUCAACACCCUCGCGCUGCCGGAUUUCUCCAAGAUCUCUGUUUUGGCUUGGAAGCAGAAGGAUCCCCUUGCUUCCACCCCGCCGCCGGCGGGGAUCCUGAAGAGGGACUGGCUCUUGAAGCACCGGACCAAGAUUCCCGCCGUCGCCGCUGCCGUCUUUAGCUCGGAGCAAGUCACCGGUGACCCCGCGCAGUGGCUACAGCUCUGCACCGAUCUUGACAACCUAAAAGCUGUGCUUCGUGGAAGAAGUACGAAAUUGGUAGUUGUGCUCGUGCAGACAAGUGUUAAUGAUGAAGUGAGUGAAGACCUUAUAAUUGCACUGAGAAAGCGUGCAGAGAUCGAUUCCAAGCACCUGAUUGUAUUUGUUCAGAAUGAUGCAUCAGAAUUAAGAAUAUCACUCAACAGACUUGCGAGCAUAUUUGCUGAGUUGUGUAACACAUAUUAUAGAGAAGAAGGACGAAAAAUAAAAGUCCGUAUAGAGAAGAAGAGCUUUACUUCUAUUGAGUUGAAUAUCCGCUACUGCUUUAAGGCUGCUGUUUAUGCGGAAUUCAGAAGAGACUGGACAGAAGCAUUGAGAUUCUAUGAGGAUGGCUAUCGUGCUUUACGUGAGAUGAUUGGAACCUCAACCAGGUUGCCACCCAUCCAACGCCUAGUCGAGAUAAAAGCUGUGGCCGAGCAGUUGCACUUCAAAAUAUCAACCUUGUUACUCCAUGGCGGAAAAGUUGUAGAAGCAAUUACAUGGUUUAAUAAACACAUUGCAGCAUAUGAACGGCUAGUGGGGGAACCCGAAAUUGCUUUUCUUCACUGGGAAUGGUUCGGUAGGCAGUUCCUGGUUUUCGCAGAGUUGCUAGAGACAAGCUCAGCAGCUAUUCCAAGCACCCUUUCUCCUCGUUUUGGCACAUCAGAAAAUCCCUUGACUGAUUGGGAAUUCCAACCGGCAUACUACUAUCAGUUAGCGGCAAAUUACUUGAGGGAGAAGAGAUAUUGUUUGGAGUGCUCUACAUCCAUGCCAGAGUACUCUGAAUUAUCAAGUACAGUUGGUGGUGUCCCAGAAUCUGUGAUGCUCUCAGCAUAUGUUGGUCAAUAUGCCCGCUUGUUUGAGCAAGGAGAUACAAUCACAGAACUUCCUCUUUCUGAUUCAGAGUAUGUGAGCUAUGCUCGUAUGGAAGCACAGAGAUUUCAAGAUACGUAUGAGAUUAUUGCCCUGUUCAGAAAAGCGUAUGAAUCAUUUAGUGGCCUUAAAGCUCCAAGGAUAGCUUCUUACUGUAGCAACAGAAUGGCUAGGGAGUAUUUCAUAGCAAAGGACUUCAGUAAUGCAAAGCAGCUUUUUGAUGGUGUUGCCUGUCUUUAUCGGCAGGAGGGUUGGGUCACUUUGCUUUGGGAAAGCUUGGGUUAUUUACGGGAGUGUUCACGAGGACUUGGUUCAGCACAAGAUUUUGUUGAAUACUCUCUUGAAAUGGCUGCCUUGCCAAUAUUUUCUGAUGUUGGACUGGAAAAUUCAGAGAAUAAAAGGGAUUAUGGCCCUGCUGGUCCUGCUACCCUUUCAAUGAGACAGACAGUACAAGAGGAAGUUUUCAGUCUUCUUAAAGGAGAACAUGUGCCAGAAACAACUGAUGGCAGCUGCAUUCUCCACGUAGCAGAAGAUGAACCCAUUCGUGUUGAUAUUGAUCUUGUAAGCCCCCUCAGAGUGGCAUUUCUUGCGUCCGUUGCUUUUCAUGAUCAGUCUGUCAAGCCAGGUUCACCCACAAUGAUCACUGUCUCGCUCCUAUCACAACUGCCCUGUCCUAUUGAGGUUGAUCAGUUGGAAAUUCAAUUUAACCAGUCCACCUGUAAUUUCAUAGUUGUCAAUGCCCAGAAAUAUCCUUCAACAGAAAAGUUCCCAGAGGAUGAUCAGAGAAGCUUGGUGGAGACUGCUCCAUCACUUACAUUGUCAUCUAACAAGUGGCUUCGAUUGACAUCUGAAGUUAAAUCAGGACAGAGUGGAAAGCUUGAAUGCUUGUCAGUGUCAGCUAAAAUAGGCCAUUCUUUCAUGAUUUCUUGCCGAGCUGAAAGCCCUGCUUCAAUGGAAGACUUGCCACUUUGGAAAUUCGAGGAGUGGGUGGAGAGCUUUCCAACCAAGGACCCUGGACUGGCAUUCCAUGGCCAAAAAGUUAUCCAGGUUGAAGAGCCUGAACCUCAGGUUGAUCUCAUUCUGAGUACCAGUGGCCCUGCAUUAGUUGGAGAAAACUUCAUUGUUCUUGUCACAGUAGAAUCCAAGGGUCAUGAAGUUCAUUCUGGUGAGUUGAAGAUCAAUCUUGUGGAUGCAAGAGGUGGCGGCAUGUUGAUGAGUCCAAGAGAUGCAGAAUCAUUUUCUUCAGAUAGAAAGCAUGUUGAACUUCUCAACAUUUCUGGGAUACCUGAUGAAGUUGAAUCUCAAACAGAUUCUGACAAUGUCCGGAAAAUUCAGCAUUCCUUUGGAGUGGUCUCUGUUCCAGCUUUGGGUGUCGGAGAGUCAUGGUCCAGCAAACUAGAGAUUAAAUGGCACAGGCCAAAAUCAGUCAUGCUGUACGUUUCACUUGGCUACUACACAAAUUCCACGGUAGCAGCUUCCCAGAGAGUUAAUGUGCACAGGAGCUUGCAGAUUGAAGGCAAGAUCCCAAUCAUCAUUAGCCACCGUUUCAUGAUGCCAUUUCGCCAAGAACCCUUGCUGCUAUCCAAAGUCAAAGCGUUGCCUGGUGAUGAGCAUAGGGUGUCACUUGCUAUGAAUGAAACAAGCAUCCUCAUUGUGAGUGCUAGAAACUGCACUGAGGUGCCAUUGCAGUUACUAUCCAUGUCCAUUGAAAUGGAUGAUGAUGAUGACAGCCAAAAUUUUUGCUCUGUGCAACACAUUGGUGGAAUUUCGGAUGACCCUGUCCUUCUAGUUCCAGGUGAAGAAUUCAAAGGGGUCUUUUCAGUCACACCACAUGUUGAUACCCUAAAUCUUGAUGUGGGGACAGUCUGUAUAAAUUGGACAAGAGAUUCAAAACCUGGCAUUGGCAGUGAGCAGCAAGAUUCUAUUGUUGUCACAAAACAGAGGCUGCCUGAUGUGAAAUCAGAGAAGCCACCAAUAGUUGUGAAUCUAGAGUGCCCUGCUCAUGCUAUCCUAGGAGUCCCUUUCUCAUUCUGUGUAACGGUUAGAAAUCUGACAAGCUUACUUCAGGAAAUCAAGUACUCGCUUGGGGACUCUCAGAGCUUUGUGUUUUGUGGACCUCAUAAUGAUGCUGCCUUCAUUCUGCCCAAAGCUGAGCACCUAAUCAGCUACGAGCUUGUUCCAUUGAGUUCAGGUCCACAACAGCUGCCACGUAUCACCAUAACUUCUGUGAGGUAUUCGGCUGUGCUGAACCCAACAGCUGCAGCGGCAACUGUCUUUGUGUAUCCUUCUGAACCUAAGUUUAAUAUGGAAGAGAGCAAGCAAGAAACUGUUUCAUCUCAGUGAAAUCUUAUUUGGUUUGUGUAUCAUUUUGCUUUAGACAACAGCUUUGAUGCAGCUUGGGCUGGGAGGCUCAAUUUUUCCCUGUAAAGUGCGAAGGCAAUAUAGACUUCUGUCUUGAUAUCAAAAAUCAGCAUUGUUGCGUGGGAGAGCGCUUGUUGCAAAUACACCAGAAUUUGUUAUUCUUUGGGGUUUUGUCUGUUCGGAUUGGUUAUUAGAUCACUGUACUUUGUUUUGGUGACAGUCUGAUCACUGAUGACUUUUCUUUGGGGCUGAUGUCUCUCAGGGCUGCAUCAGAUCAAAAACAUAUAUACUCGUAAUUUCUUUUUACUUAUACAAAACCUCAGAGGAAAUGAAAUAGUUUCGCAGAUCUGCAUUUGAUUUUUGUUUGUCAGUCUCAGAUUGGUCAAUUUGAGGAUG